AAAAAAAAAAAAAAACCCGGAACCGGAAGGCAGCUUCUCCAAUGCUGCAUUGAGAUUCUGAUAGCGACAUAACUUUUCCCCGCUUCAAUCGCUUCAGUAGAGAGUAGUAGCGCCAGCAGUAGUACAGCCUACUUUCUUGGCCAUGGUGGCGGUGCAUGGCAGCAGAAACAGAGACAGAAGAAAGCAGCGCAUUGCUUUGAAACAAAGAAUAACUCAAUCCCAUCCCCAUGGCGUUCCUUACUCCUGGAGUGCUAUCAAAGCUUCUAGAGAAUGCGGGCAACAAGGACGUGAGUGUUACCGGAGAACACCGGUCCGCGCUCCUCCAGGUGGUGGAAAUCUUGCCUUCUCUUGCUGGAGCUGAGGAUCCCUGGCAGAGCACUGGUUUCUUCUUGAAGGUUUCAGACUCUCUGCAUUCUGCUUACGUGUCCAUUCCGGAUGAGGACAUGGAUUUGAUAUACAGUGACAAGAUCCAACUAGGACAGUUCGUUUACAUUUCAAGGUUGGAUUGGGGUUCGCCCGUUCCGGUGCUUCGCGGGUUGAAGCCCGUGCCCAGGAGGCGGCCCUGUGUGGGAAAUCCCAAGGAUUUGGUGUCGAGUGAUCUAUUGCCUAUUAAAGCUAAUGUUAAUGUGAAUUUAAGCAAGGAGAAGAAGGGGUCCAAGAAUGAAUCUUUGACCAAGACAAAGAAGAGAGCAGUUGAUUCCAAGGUGGAAGGUUUGGAGAUGAGAAGGUUGAGUUUAGAUUCGGCCAGGAGGAUCUGGGAUCAAACUCCAACACCCAAAUCUUCUUCUCACACUAAUCUCAGUCUGAAAUCGUCCAACAGUAAUGUUCAUUUGGAUAAGAAGGCCUCUCCUAAGAACGAUUCAACACUGAAGAGGCCAACUUUAUGUGUCUCGCCAUUGAAAAGCAAAAAUCAACAGUCUUCACCUAAAGUCCCUGCAAAGCCUUUGAAGAAUGAUUUCAAGUCAGCUGCUGACCGGACCAUUCCCAGCUGUCUUGUGAAGGUGCCUACUAGUUCCAAAACAUGGUCUGAACAAGAACAAAGGAUUUCGUGGAAUGUGCUUCCUCCCACCAUUCAGAAUCUAGGAAAGGAAACCGUGCAUCAUAGAAAUGUUGCUUUUUUGGCUGCUGUAAGUGCAGUAGAAGAGGCAUCAGUUGCUGAAAACGUCAUUCGUUGCAUGCAAGAAUUUGCAGAACUGUGCAAGUCUCCAGAGAAUAUAUAUUCAGGAUCACUAGUUGAACAAUAUUUGGACCUGCACCAGAAUAUGCAGAAAGCAGCAGUGGUGAUUAAUUCUUUACUCAGUGACAGCCGUCUAGAAACAAAAUCAAGCUUUUACAAUAGCCAACAUUGUUUAUCAGCUGAUGUAGAAAAAACUAAAACAAGUAGAAGUGCAGCUUCUUGGCUUCAUGCCGCCAUAGAGACCAACCUUUCCAAAUUCAUCCUGUUCAAGAAGCCAGAGAAGAGUGAAAUGGUGAAUAGCAAUAACUGUCAUUAUGUUGUCCUCGAGAACAGCACAGAAGAUUUUAAAUCUGAGAAUCAAUCUCCUCAAAACAAUCAAAGACCUAGGAACAAUAGCAACUUAUCAGAUUCAAGCCCUAAGCAAGUGCCAUCUUUAGUGAGACAUCUUUCAGUUAGAAAAAAGAUGGAUCUGAAAAGGGAGCAUUGUCCUAAGGGAAAUGGGUUAAAGAAAGCAGCAAGUUUAGCUGAAAAGUUGCUCUUGCAUUCUCGUGGAUGGUUCUUGGAGUAUAUGGAGAAGUCAUUGAACAAUGGAUUUCAGUUUUGCAGAGCGGAAGGUUCUGAAAUUGCCUGUCUUCUUGGGCAGCUUAAAAGGGUGAAUCAGUGGUUAGAUGACUUGAGCAGUAGGGAAGUUAUGACUAGUGGAAGGGUAGAAGACUUGAGAAAGAAAUUAUAUGAGUUUCUACUGGAGCAUGUUGAAACAGCUGUAGCUGCUGUGAAUAGAUAAUAUUCAAUGAGAACUAACUGUGGCGAUACCCAGGAGCUGAUUAGUUUCUGUUUCCCUUUGGCAUUGGGUAUUUUAUGGUUAACUGCAAGGUUUUUUUCCGAUAACCAAAAUUCAUAAAAUGAGUGUUCUUUUUAACAUUUCCAAAUUUUUAACCAUUAUCGACCUAUCCCCCCUGACAGCGAGGAAGAUGGCACUGGCUUCAACUUGUAUUAUUUCUUUGUUCUCCAAAUUUACCUGAUUUCUUUGAUGAUAUCAUGACAGGUUCUCCUUUUGGAAACAUAUUUCUUUCAGUUUUUUCUUGUUGACUAUAGACAGUUGUGAAGUGUAACUUAUAAAUGAGCUCGAAAUCCAAAAUCUGUCGAUGUUCAAAA